CGAGGAGGGGGCGCGGAAGCGCGGUGAAGCGGCGGCGGCGGGGUUGAGCGGGGCAGGCUUCCCCGUCGCCCGCCCCUUAGCCCGGGCGCCCUGGAGCGGCGAGAGCAGCAUGGCCGCCAGCCUGUGGAUGGGAGACCUGGAGCCCUAUAUGGAUGAGAACUUCAUUUCAAGAGCUUUUGCUACUAUGGGACAACUAGUUUUGAGUGUGAAGAUAAUUCGGAAUAGAUUGACAGGGAUUCCAGCAGGCUAUUGCUUUGUAGAAUUUGCCGAUCUGGCCACAGCAGAGAAAUGUUUACAUAAAAUCAACGGGAAGCCCCUUCCUGGCGCCACCCCUACAAAGCGCUUUAAAUUAAACUAUGCCACAUAUGGGAAGCAGCCUGAUAACAGCCCAGAGUAUUCCCUCUUUGUUGGGGAUCUUUCCCCUGAUGUUGAUGACGGGAUGAUAUAUGAAUUUUUUGUAAAAGUAUACCCAUCAUGUCGGGGUGGAAAAGUGGUCGUGGAUCAGACGGGCGUUUCCAAAGGCUAUGGUUUUGUGAAAUUCUCAGAUGAAUUGGAGCAAAAAAGAGCACUGGUAGAGUGCCAGGGAGCUGUUGGCCUUGGUUCUAAGCCGAUACGCUUGAGCGUUGCCAUACCAAAAGCUAACCGACUGAAGAUGGUGGAGUACAAUCAGAUGUACAAUUAUAACUAUAACCAGUACUACCAGCAAUAUCAGAACUACUAUGCCCAUUGGGGAUAUGAUCAAAACACUGGCAGUUACAGCUACAGCUACCCACAAUAUGGUUACACGCAGAGUACCAUGCAGACAUAUGAAGAAGUGGGUGAAGAUGCAUUAGAAGGCUUCUUUCCGUUGGCAGAUCCAAUGCCCCAGAUGGAUGUGAGUGAAGCUAACAAGCAGUUUAUGGAACAGAGCGAAGAACUCUACGAUGCCUUGAUAGAAUGCCAUUGGCAGCCUUUGGACAGUGCUUCUUCAGAGCUCCAAGCUGUAUAAUUGCCGUGUUGCUGAUAUGCUCCCUCCGAGCCGUGUGCCAGUGGGCCUUGGAUUCCUGCCAAGCGCAUGGAAGUUGCAGCUGCAAACGGACUCACCCCUCUCUCUCCUCCAGAUUCUCAAGUCAAGGAUGCAGAGAACAGCUUUGGGUUCUUCCUGGACUCGUGGAGCAGCAGAUAGUAGCAGAGGGGGAUUGUGGUCACUUAUUUGAGAUGAAAUUAGAACUUGGGGACUUAGUUUUAUUUCUUCUCCCUUCCCACCCUAUUGAUCCUAAGACAACACUUGUUUAUCCUAGCCAAGAAGUUCUAAUUUAUGAACUAAAUAAAAAAAGAUGGGAAAUCUUAAUUCCAACUAUAAUAAAAAAAAAAUUAUCUUUUACACAGUAAGGUGGGGUAUCUGGUGUUCUCCAUAGGGUAAAUGGGAUCAGGAGUCGGUUCAUGGAUUAGUUCCAUGAGCGCUUUCUUUUUAUAUGCUGAAAAAAACUCUGUAGAAAUGAUUUUGAAGCAAAACCACAGUAUGGAAAAAAAAUCUUUGAGAGAGCAGAUGGAAUAACUUGGACAAAUAUUUAGCAGUUUCUGAAAGUGGUCCAAACUGUACAUUUUGAAGCAUGUAGAGGCUACUUCUGUUAAAACAACCAGAUAUUCUAUUUUAAUAUGAAGAGUCUAAAGCGAUCAGAGAAAUUUUAGUUGUGUACUCCAUAGCUGGAUAAUAUCUUUAUUGGGAGCCAUUGAAAGGAUGCAACAGAAUUUCCUAGGACUUCAGAACUCUAUUAGAAAAAAAAGAGCAAAAAAGUCCACAAAUGAGGUCCGGUAUUUCACUCAUGAGUUGCGCUGGUGUGCAAUUCGAAGUCAGUCUUAAUAUGAAGAUAAUGAACUAAAUGCAGUAAUUAUUGACAAAAGUUCCUAGUGUCUGAUUACAGGUGAAUUGGAUUGAGAUGGGCAACUAUAUUGAAUAAAUAAUCUUGUGUUCAAAGAAUAAAAGUUGCUUCCCUCACUUUUGAAUACACAGAUACUGUCCUUUAUAUAUUAUAAGAUGCAGAGAAGGGCGGGGAUUUUGACACUUUGAACAAGUUUUAUAAACUGGCAUUUUUAGUAUCUCUAGAUAGGACUACAGGCCAUAUCAGCCUGAGGUGUUUUGCUUGUUGCUGUACAAGUUGUACAAGUUGUAUUGUUAAUACAACUACACUGCGUUUAUUGUAGUGAGGAUUAAAGGAAAAUUGCUAUAAGCAAAUGAGUGUUAACGUGUGUUAACGUCUCCAGUGGAUGUCCACCUAGUUCAUUUCUGCAGGGAAAGGAAAACGUGAAUAUUUACAACAGGGUUUAUUUCCAGUUCAGAAAUUUAGAGAAAUUUAUGCAAAUCACUAAGUCUUACCAGGUAAGAAUAACCUGUCAAAAUGGUGUACCUAUGAAAUGGAAUAUUCAAGUAAACAUGAAUUGUAUGAUUUUUUUUAAAAAACGUCAGGUAAUAUUGUAUCUGAAAAUCAGAAUACAUGACCUUUCAUGGGAUUGUGGAUAGGCUGUAGAUCUCAAACAUUUGAUCCACAAGCAGAACAUUUGAGAUUUGAUUUGUGUCUAGAUAUAAAGACAAUGGGAUGGGUGGAUGGAACAUGGAAAAAACAUUUUUUUUUAAGUCUACAUAUUCUUUGCACUUUGGUUACAAAUUCUGGUUUUCAUGAACACAAAAUGGCAGCUUUAGGCAACAUAUUAAGUUUAAUAUUUCCUCUAGUUAGAGAUAAUCCUCACACCCACAAGUAUGGCUAUAUAUACUAAGGAGGCAUACAUAUUUUGAAUAGGUCCCUAGCAUGUAUAAGAUACCAGGAAUCCAUUGAAUUGGCAGUGCAGGAAUUUUGUACCUCAUUUUCAGCAAGGGAUGGUUGAAAUGUCUUGCUAAAAGUCUAAUUUUUCUGUUUGCAGAAAAAGGCAACAAACUCUUAUUUCCAAGCCAUUUGGUCAAAUAUUUUACAGCUCUUUUGUUUGUGCCUUCCCAGUUGGAACAAGCUGGGUUGUUCUCUCUUUAAUUUCAACGUUAAUAAUCUAUUGUUCAAAAUAAGCCUAUCCAUUUUUUCCUCUUGUUCAUUCGUUUGAUAUAAUAAAAUCUUUUCAUAAGAACUUGAAUGUAUGUGCGCCCUGUUGACCUGACGUGGAUUUGGAGAAACUACAUUUCCCAAGAGCCCUUUCAGGACUCUCUUUUUUUUUUUAAAGGAGCCAAUCGAAUUAGACGUUAACAGGCGCUAUAAAAGGCGACGUCGGCGAGUCCCCCGUUCUUUCCGUGCUCGGCGACCUAGAGGCAGGUUAGCGGGGCUUCUUUUUCGUAGCGGGGCGAAACGUCUCCAUCCAUCGCCAUCCUCUUAAUUAAUUCGAAGCGAUUCCUGUUUGGCGGCUUAAUUUCAUACUUUCAGCAGGAAAGGAAAUGAGGUGGACUGCUGCUUUGGAGCUGGACAUGGCUGUUCAUAAAAGCCUCUCCCAACUUGACUUACCGUCUGGAAGUUCUCGAUGAUUGGAAAAGAUGCCAUUAUCCUCAUUUCCCUUGUAACCGUCAAAGCUAGUAGCUCAGCCUGCAAGGAGAACAGGACAAUGUGGUGACCUUCCAUUUUUCUUCUGGAGAAGGACUUCUGGUGGAGUGGACGGCUCAGCAAAUGAUAGCAAUGUCUUCAGAGAUUUCCUUGGAAUUUGCUAUAGGCCUGCUGAUAAAGCCAAGGGCUUGCUGAAGAUAGGAAAAAACUCCACAAAAAUUUCUGAAAUUUCUUGGAACAGCUUUCUGAUAAUAGUUGUCUUUUUUGUAAUUGUAUGGAAUUAAAAGGAUUGUGUCUUUUUUCCCCA